AUUUAAUAAAUUAUAAUGAGUCAAACCAAUAUAACACAAAGGGUACCAUCAGAAAUCAAAUAAGAAACAAAAGAAAUCAAAGAGAAUAUCAUCCAUGAUAGAAUUAUGUAAUAGUUAUGAUUGAUGUGAAUAGUGGUCCCAUUUGUAAAGCUCCUGGCUAUCUAAAAGAUUAAUACAUUAAACACGGCUAUAGAAUUAAUUUCAAAAAUAAAAAGGACGUAGUAAAGAGCAUGUUUAUGUGGCACAAUGAAUUAGUCAAUAUUUGGACUCAUUUGAUUGGAGCUAUAAUCAUAGUCUCUCUAAUAUUUUACCUUUGGCUUAAUUAUGAUGAACUCUUUCGUCAUAAAGCUAUCUAGUCAUUUAAUGGUACUUCAAACUACCAUUUAUCUAGAAUCACUAAAUAACAUUUAUGACCAUGCUUACACUCUUGAAUAAUAAAUCUAAGAACAAUUAGAAAAUGGACUUCACCAUCUUUAAGAUGACAUUGUAUUGAUGUAGAAGGAAUUACAUGAAAAGAUUGACAAUGUUAAUAAGUAUUUCGAUGAAGUAGCACAUCAAUACGAUCAAGAAUUUUCAAAAAUCCAAAAAAAUAUUGCUGAAGCAUUUGAUUGGGAAAACUUGAAAUGGAAAUAUAAUAUCUCAUAAAUAAUCUAAGACUAUUAAUAGAAAGCCACAGAAAUUGUUGAAUCCAAAGAUUUUGAUUGGAUUGAUCUUUAUUUAGAAUUUCAACAUUUUACUGGAGGUUAAACUAUUGAUGAAGAAAAACUACAUAAAAUGAUAUCUAGAUGGCCAUUGAUUGCAUUUCUUGUAUCUGCAAUCAUUUGUUUAGGUUGUAGUACCACUUAUCAUCUAUUUUAUUGUCUCUCUGAAAAUGUCAACAAAGUUCUCAUUAGAUUAGAUUAUGCUGGUAUAUGUUUUCUUGUUUCAGGUUCCACAUUUGCUCCAUUAUUUUAUGGAUUUUAAUGUAAUCUAAAAUAUGCAAUCAUAUACGCCAGCUUAUAAGGCUUUUUUGCAAUCAUUCUUUUUAGUUUUUGUUUAUUUGAUUUUUUUUAUACUGCAGAAUGGAGAUCCUUGAAAAAUAAAUUAUUUGCUGGACUUGGAUUUACUAGUGCUAUACCUAUGAUUCAUUUUGCAAUAGGAGAUACAUGUUUGGAAGGAUAUAGCUUUUCAUCAUAAUUACCUUAUUAUGCUGCAAUGGCUAUUUCAUAUUUGUAUUGCAUAAAAUUAUAUUUAGAUCUGGAUUAUAUAUUUAUAAUAUACGAUUUCCUGAGAAAUAAAUUCCAGGGAAAUUUGAUAAUUGCGGAUAGAGUCAUCAAAUUUGGCAUAUUAGUGUAGUAAUAGCAAUAUUAUUCACUUAUGUUGGAUCUUUGAAUGCAUAUUAUUAGAGAUUAGAUAUGCCUUGUAAAGCAUGAUAAUUUUAUUGAUAUAUUUUAUAUAAUAG